AUGAAGGUCCAAUCCGUCUCAACUACUCUCGCUCUCGCUUUGAUGACUUCGGUCCAAGCUGCCCCAGCUAACUUUGGCACUGCCGAGACUGGUCUCUCUAAAAGACAGGAGGACCAGAUCAAGGACAUCACUGCCUCUGUCCAGCAGUUCCAGGCUAAGAGAUCUGAGAUUGUUGACCCAGUUGAGCUCCAGGCCAGAGAGUACGCUCUUGUUACUCAGAUCUUGGCUGCCAUUAACCAGACUGGUCUUGCUCCAAAGAUCAUCCAGGGUUUGGUUACCAACAAGAAUCUUCAGCCAAUUGUCACCGAGGCUGCCGUGCUCAUCAUCAGAUCCGGUCUCAUUUCCUUGGACACUUUGUUCCAGGCUUUGGAUAAGUCUGGUUUGGCUAAAACUGUUAUCAAGGACCUUCUUAACGACUGUACCUUCUACGAGGACAUUUUCAAGUUGGCCUUGCAGGUUGUCUCUGACUUGAUUGGCAAGAUCGAGGAGAAGAUCAGCGACGGUACCGCCAAGAGAUUCGUCGAGGAGGAGGAGUUCGCUCUUCCACCACAGGUCAAGAGAUCUGUUGAGGAGAACGAGGAGUUGAUGAAGAGAUACGAUGAGGACGGAGUUGUCAACAACUUGUUGGAGUCCUUGGCCAACUCUGGUUUGGCUUCGUCUGUUGUCAGAACUUUGCUCGUGGACCCACAGUUCUUGGAGUACGGUGUUGACUUGAUCAAGGAGUUGUGGGACCGUGACCUCAUUGACAUCACUGCCAUCAUCAAGGCUAUUGCCAACUCUGGUUUGGUUACUUCCUUGUUCAAUGAGUUCUUCAACUUCGAAACCUUGAAGACUGUGAUUGUCAACGCUUUGGCUGCUCUCUUCGGCCAGUGUGACGGUUCUACCAUUUCUGGUUCUCCAACUGGUCUUACUACCCAGUCCACCUCGACCACCACUCUUCCUACCUUCACUGCCACUGGUACUUCUGUGCCAACUGGCUGUAAGAAGAGAAGAAGAAGAAGAUCUUACAACUACUAA